GCGGGGAGUAAAGGAGGCCAUUUACAUGAAAAUCAAGGAGGGGGCCUAAGGGAGUGAACUUUGAAGAGAAGACUUUACAGGAAUUUGGAAUUACCACUAACAGCACCAUAAGAAGCACAACAUGGAGCAGAAGUUAAUGAUGAAACAGACAAGUUUUGUUUUAUUGGGACAGUCACACCUGAAUAGGCUGCACUGCAAAGCAUACAGACUGAUGGUGUGAUGUCAUUAAUAGACCUUUAUUUGCUAUUAAGUUUAAAAACCAGUAAGUGGAAUAAAGUGACUAAUGACCCUGAAAGUAGUUUUUAAGGGUAGUAAGUCAGUAUGAUUAACUAAGAACUCCAACUGCUAUUUUAUGACAACUAUAUUUUCCCCUAAAAUUCAGAACUGACAUAAUUAACAAGCCAAACAAAACCUUUUAUUUACAGUUAUAUUAACAGUUAGAAAAGCUGGUCUAGUAGGCCAAGAUGGCUGACCACUACCAGAACAACAUAUACAACCAAGGAGACUACCCUCUUCAGGAAGACGAUGCAGCAAGUGAUGUGACUGAAGGACAUGAUGAAGAGGAUCAGAUGUAUGAAGGAGAAUAUCAAGGGAUUCCACAUCCUGAUGACACAAAGGCUGCACAGAGAGCUGCAUGGGCUAAACCUCAAACAGGUAGCAGUGCAGCAUCUGAUCUAGAGGAGUUAUCUGAGCAGUAUGAGUACAUCAUGGAAGAAUGUGGUCAUGGGAAAUUCCAGUGGAUGCUCUUCAUAGUGCUGGGCCUGGCUCUAAUGGCUGAUGGAGUUGAAUGUUUUGUGGUUGCAUUUGUUCUACCGUCUGCAGAAAAGGACCUGUGUCUGUCCAAUGCAGAGAAAGGAAUGCUGGGUCUCAUCGUUUUCCUGAGCAUGAUGGUGGGAGCAUUUCUGUGGGGAGGACUGGCAGACAAAGUUGGCCGUCGGCAAUGUCUGAUUCUGGCAUUAUCUAUAAACUGUAUCUUCGCAUUUAUGUCUUCCUUCGCUCAGGGUUACAGCUUCUUUCUCUUCUUCAGACUGCUUUCUGGCAUUGGUAUUGGUGGCACAGCACCGAUCGUGUACUCGUACUUCUCAGAGUUUCUUCAGAUGAACAAGAGAGGAGAGCAUCUGUCCUGGUUGUGUAUGUUCUGGAUGAUUGGUGGGAUCUAUGCUUCAUUCACUGCCUGGGGAAUUAUACCCAGAUAUGGCUGGGGCUUCAGUAUGGGCACAGAAUUUCAGUUCCACGCCUGGCGAGUGUUCGUCCUGGUUGCGGCUCUCCCUGCAAUUGCUUCUCUGGUUGGACUUACCUUUAUGCCCGAGAGCCCACGUUUCCUCCUGGAGAAUGGCAAACAUGAUGACGCGUGGAUGAUCCUAAAACAAGUCCAUGACACUAACUGGAGAGCCAAGGGGCAGCCGGAAAAAGUCUUCACUGUGAUGCACAUCAAGACACCGAAAACAACUGAAGACAGUUUUUUCGAGGUUCAGGGUGCAACAAGAACACCUGUACAACGAUGGGCUGUUCGCUCACUCACACUCUGUAAACUGGUGUUGAGGAACGUGGCAUCUCUCCUUUCUGCAGAGCUGAGAUUUGCUACACUCUUCAUGGCUGUCAUCUGGUUCUGCAUGGCUUUCAGCUAUUAUGGCUUGUCUGUGUGGUUCCCUGACAUGAUCAAACACCUUCAGCAUGAAGAGUAUGUGUCUAAGGUCCAGGUUUUCCAUAAAAAACGAGUGGAGAACAUGAUUUUUGACUUUCCUUUGGAGAACCAGAUCCAUGAAGAAGUAGAAUACAUCCGUGACAAGUUCAUCAAUAUAGAGAUGAAGUCAGUGAAAUUUAAAGACUCUCUGUUUGAAGACUGUCACUUUGAGAACAUCAGGUCCUCUGAAACAGUGUUUGAGAACUGCACCAUCCACUCCACUCUCUUCUACAACACAGACCUGUGGGAGGCGAAGUUUAUUGACUGUAAGAUGGAGAACACCACCUUUGAACACAACAAGCACGGCUGCCACCUAGAUACUGCUAAGGAGAAUGAUGUCCUCAUCUACCUGGUCAGCUUCCUAGGCAGUCUGGCAGUGCUGCCAGGCAACAUCAUCUCAGCUCUCUACAUGGAGAAGAUUGGCAGAGUAAAGAUCAUAGGUGGCUCCAUGCUGAUUUCAGCAGGCUGUACAUUUUUCCUGUUUCUAAGCUUCAGCCAAUCAGCAAUCAUUGCACUACAGUGUCUGUUCUGUGGUGUUAGUGCAGCUGCAUGGAAUGGGAUUGAGGUGGUGACUGUGGAACUGUAUCCAGCUUCAAAGAGAGCAACAGCUUCUGGUGUGCUGAAUGCUCUGUGUAAACUGGCUGCUGUUCUCGGCAGCUCCAUCUUUGCCAGCUGUGUGGGAAUCACCAAAGCCAUCCCUAUUCUACUAUCCUUUACUGCGCUGGUGUGCGGCGGCCUUGUGGCCCUCAACCUGCCUGACACGCAACAGAAAAUUCUCCAGUGAAGUGAUAUGAGCGUGCUGAGGUGGGAAUGAGGGGGGGUAAGGAAGAGGCCAAAACACAUCUACUUCUUGUUGGAGGCUAAUGAGUUUACCUUGACUCUGAACUUGAAAAAAGACAAGACUUAGAACAACUCACAACUGUUCAUUAGAACCGUUUUUUUCAGGUUGAAGGUUUUAGACCAGGAAAAAGCAGGUUUAUGUUUUUCUGUAUUUCUGUAUGAGUCUUUAUUGAUGCCAUGAAUCCACUAAGGCAGUUGACAUACUAACCAUUUAAUGAUUUGUUAUUGAAUUACGUGGACAGAUGUUUUUUGAAUGUUUAAAGCACGCACUGUAAUAUAUUCUGUGUUCCUACCACUAUUUACAUGCAUGUCAGGGGGAAAAAAGUGUUAUCUGUAAUUUGCACCUUAAAAGUUUUUCCAACACUUUUAGGAAAUAACCUGCUUGAAAUCAUGGGACAAAAAGUUGAAUAAAGAUUUUCCGAUUUCAACAAACUCUACUUACAAACAUGUAAUCCAAACUGUUUACACCAUGCCUUAAAGCUUAUACAUAGUGACUUCACAUUUGUGACUACAUGUGGUUAAAACUGUAGUGACUUGGGUAAGCUCUGUUAUCAAUAUUUCAUAGCUUAAAAAUCUGCUUUGACACUCUAGUCUCCAAGUUAGUGUAAGAUUAUCAAACUACAUAUGUCAAUAGCUUUUCUUUAUACUAAAUAAAUAAGCUAGUCCUUGUAAACAGUGGCUAAAUAACCUAGCUUAACAAACUAGCCCCAGACUGUAACAGAUUUUAUGUGAUCAGUGUGAUUAAAUCACAUACUUCUACAUGUUAACGUCAAGAUUAGGUUUUGAUGACAGAAAUGUGAUGCUGUUGCUCUGUGAAUUUUUGCAGGGGUGAUCUCACCCAUUCCAGUUCCCACGUGUCUUUAUGUCUUGCAAUGUUAAUACUGUUCUAGUUUGGAUUUUCACAUAUGAUAAUACUGCACUUGUCUGUAUAUGUCAUCUGUAAUACACAAUCAGUUAAUUUACUGGUGAGUCUUAGUUAAACUGAAAAUAUUAGCAACACAAGUGAAAUCCCCUUUUCUGAAAGUUUAUUUUGAGUUGUUUUGAACUGUUGGUGUCAGUUUUAAGGCAGUGGGAUACGCGGAUCACUAUUUUCAAAUAUUUUUAACCAGAUGUUUGACUGAUUAAUUGUGAAAUAACCUUCAGAUCAACCUCUUAACAUCCAGUAUAUUAUUGAAGAACCAUCUAGGAUUAGGGUCAAGGACAGGAGUAGACUUUGGUAACUUGCAUGUUUUUUAAGAACUGUUGCCUCUUUGGCCCACCAACAUCUGUAAACAGAAUUAAGUGAAUAACUGUAUGGCACAAAUGUAUGCAACGUUAUAUGAAAUGUAGUACCUUCCAGUUUCUGAAAAUGUACUUGUUUAUUAUAAGGAUAAAAUACAGCCUUUAAAAAUAACCCUCAUCGUAAACUUGUUGUUUUUAAGAGAUUAAUCAUUAACAAACAGUAAUUGUGAGACUGGAUGAAGCAGACAAAUUUAUUUUAUUGACCUGCAGGACAGAGAACAUUUGAACUUACAUCCCCUAGGCUGAAGAAAUACAUAACCUUUAAUAGGAUCCUAACAAAGGAUAUAUUGGUCAUUCUGAAAAUGUAAUAUUUAGGAAAAUGGUUCUUCAAGCAUUCUGCUUGGCAACCUCUUUGCACUAACCCCUUUUUUAAAAAAAAUUGGAUGACUGUUAUUGUUGGAUGGUCAUUCUUGCAGCAUCAAUUCACCUGCAGUUUUUAACAGCUCAUUGCAAUUAACUGAUAUUGUCAUGAUCCUGGGUCUUAUGACCCAGCAGUUUCAGUUUCUUGUGUUUUGUCAUUUUAUAUUAUGGUUGGAGUCCACCUUGUUAGUUUAAAGUUUAGUUCUAGUCCCUAGGUUGUUAUGUUUAGCUUUUGGUUGUUAGAUUUCCCCAUGUCUUUGCUCCUGUGUUCCCAAUGUGUAUCUGUGUUCAUAUAGUUCUCAGUUCCUGUGGCUUGUUUCCCAUUGUGUUUUAUUCCAUGUUUCCCCAGCCCAUUAUGCUCUCCCUAUGCUCUCUCUCCCCUCCUGUCUGCCUCUCUGUGUCCUUCAUGUGUUACGUUUAAGGUCCAUGUCUUGGGUCAGUAUUUUCAGUUCUGUGUCCUCCCUGUCUUGUUAUGUGUAAUUGUCCUCAGCUGUGCUCCCCGUGUGUUCCCACAUCUCUCAAUCCCCGUUUCUCAAUAUGCGUACUUGUGCGUACUUGCGUUCUCGUGUACUCGUGUACUCGUGAUACGUCAUCAGUCGGAGACCAAGUACUGUUCCAAUUCGAAGUACGCAUCAAGCCGAGAACGCGAAAAAGUCCCGGAUGUGUUCUCGCUCCGCCCGUUUUAUCGAGCAUGCAUCGGUGGUGACUUGUGUGGACUUGGUACAGCUAAAUAUCCCAGAAUGCAUUUCGUCCAAAACUCCCAGCACAUCGUUUUCAAACCCCCCCCCCCCGGCUCGCGGUCUUCUCACUACUCAGGUUAAAGAAACCCCAGCAGCUGUCUAUAGUAUUGAGUGUCCACUAAAAUAAAAAUAGAAGCGUUCCAACAUCUCACCUGCUUGUUUUUAUUAAGGUAUGUACACGUAUGUACAUGUACACUAUUUUUAUUAAUAGAGGUUUCACUACUGAGGUUAAAAAUGAUAUAUAAGUC